UAAACUAUCCAACGUGGAAGAAAUCAUCUCUAGAGCGCGAAGUUCAACCCUUUUGUAGCUAAUUCAGACGUUACGGACCGACCAUGAACAAGCACGAGCAGUACGAGCGCGUGUUCAGCCACUUCGACGGGGACAAGGACGGCAAGAUAUCCCCCGCGGAGCUGCGGCAGUGCGUGGCGGCCGUCGGCGGGGACAUCUCGCUCGCGGAGGCGGAGGCGGCGGUGGAGGCCCUGGACGGGGACGGCGACGGGCAGCUGGGGUUCGAGGACUUCGUGGCGCUCGUCGAGGGGGGCGGGGCGGAGGAGAGGGCCGCCGACCUGAAGGAGGCGUUCAAGAUGUACGAGACGGACGGCGGCGGCGGGUGCAUCACGCCCAAGAGCCUGAGGAGGAUGCUGAGCCGGCUCGGCGAGUCCCGGAGCCUCGACGAGUGUAAGGCGAUGAUCGCCAAGUUCGAUCUCAACGGGGACGGGGUGAUCAAUUUUGAUGAGUUUAGGGUCAUGAUGUCGUGACUUAGUUUGGAUUUCAUCUGUGUGUUUGAUUCUUCCGAGUUUGGCCAUCCAUUCUCCCGUGAGAUGUGUAGAUAGUUCAGUAAAUUUAUUAGUGACUGGUAUUCAGUUGAUUUUGCAAUCAGCUCACGUUUUAAUCGCACGAACACUAAACUUUCAUUUAUUCCUCAA